CCCGAUGGUUCUAUACCACACAUCAUUUAUGUCCUCACCAUAUCACGCUCAUCUCCCUCAACUCUCGUUUUAAAAUUAGGAUGGAAGUGGGAAGAAGGGUUGCGAAGGACAAAGUCAUGGAAGUAGCAUGAAUCCGAACUUGAAGAAUCUGUGGAUGCAGCCGUACGUAUAGGUCAGUCGACUCGCAGUAAAGAUCUCACGACUGCCUGUGGCAUCUCCAGAAGUGGGAGCGUUUCCAAUUCAAUCCACGAAAGAAAUAUAUUGCUUGUUUGCUAUUUGAGCUUGAAGGCCGAAUUGAUGUGAGAAGUCUACCGCUGCAGCGAUGCUUUUAUACUCGAACUUGAACGUAUCCCAUUAGUCCAUUACCGUUCGCACCGCCCUUUCCUCCAAUAGAAGCAAAGGAAGGUAAACAACAAUUAACAUCAUGCUCACCGCCUUUUAGACCAAUAGAAAGUUAGAAACACACCAAAGUUCAGCUGAAAAUAUGUGCACCUCUCUUUUGGCCAAUAGGACCAGCCUAAUAGUAUACCUCAUAUCUGGAACGAACUAAUGUCUUUAGGCUGAUUGCAAUGCAUGGGGUGAAAAUCCCAUAUGUGAGACUUUCACCCCAAAAUGACUGCAACCGGGAGAAUUUUUCGUAGAGGGGGGAGUGACCGGGAGUCUGCAGAACCCUGGGGAGCAAUCUGUGGCCGGGAAAUUGACUCCAUCUUGGAGAAAAGUAAUGGGCUGGCCCGCAAGAUGCCUGACAAACUGAAUACCAAAGCAGUGGAGUUAAUUGGUGCGUGAGAGAGCGUGAGUCUUGUGGGAGUGUUGCCGACGAAAAAGCCAAAAAGGCCGGCUAGUGGAUAGGUUGUACGUAUGAAAAAGUGUAGUGGGGGAGAGCUGGAUUCUUGGUUCAUUUUUAAAGCUGGGAUUGAAUCAAAAAAUUGGUUUGGUGGAUCGGACGGCCACGGUUGUGUCAAACACAUACAAAACAAUAUAGAUGGUGCAGUCGGAAUCAAUCAAGCAGGCAAUUCAUUCUGGUCCUGGGUUCACAAUCUGUUCUGCGAAAAGGCAAAUACGAUAGUUCGAACUAGGGAGGCUGUUGAAUCACGCUUUAAAGUUAUGAAUCAUCAGUGUUCUUUAUGGAAGGGAAGUUUGCAAAAAGCAAAUGCAACCCAGAGAAGUGGAUCCAAUCUGAUCGAUGUGACAAUUGCCGCACAAACAAUCUUUGUAAAUGACAAUCAUAACGAGGCCUUUAAGUUUGACCAUGCCUGGCAUAUACUUCAAGCAUGCCCAAAGUGGUAUCAUCAAUUUGAUACUGCUCCCACUUUUACGCCCAUACCUUCUGUCACUCCCGAUACGUUUGUUGGAGGAAGUAGUGGUUCCUCUCCUUGCGAUGGUAUAAGUGGUCCUCUUCGACGCCCCGAGGGUCGUGACAAACAGAAGGGAAAGAAAAUGGUUAAACAUAAGAAUUCAAGGACGGACCCUGUGAUGCUCGAGUACAUGGAAAGAAUGGUGAAGCAAGACGACCUAAUGGAAAAGAGAAGAGAGGAGCGGUAUGAGGCGGCUAAGGUGAAUGCUGAUACGACUACAAGACUAAGACAUAUAGAUGUCGUAACCAUGGAUCUAAGUCAAUACUCACCGAGAAAGCAGAAGUGGCUAAGGGAACAACAAAAUGCCAUUUUGGGAUAUGAUCAAGAUGCCCCGAGUACUGAUGCCGCCACUUCUGCGUAUGGGGAUGACUACUUUCCUACUUUUGACUAGGGCAUGAAUGAUGUAGUCUUUCAGCUUUCAUUUUUGUUAAUUAAUUGCAGUGUAUUUCAGUUUUCCUUUCUGUUAUUUAAUUCCGAUGUAUUUCAAUUUUCGUACUAGUUAUUUAAUUCUAGUGUAUCUUGGUUUUCGUUAUUUAGUUCAAUUUCAUUUCAGUUUCAUUAUUUA